UUUAGGCCCUGGGAGGGGCUCUGAGCUCUCCCUGGAGCCUUCUCCUCUCCAGGUGAGCACCCCCAGCUCUCCCAGCCUGGCUCCAGAUCAGAUCUUGGAACAUCUCUGUGGUUUCCUCUGGGCUCACCCAGCAGCUCCACGAGGAGAAGUUAAACAAGGUGUGACAGAGGCAGCGUUAACAUGAGGCUCCACAUUUGCUGCACUCACCUUCCUCCUCCCUUGGGCAGCUCCCAGAGCAGCACCCAGAUCCAAACCUUGGCUCCAGAAGAGCCAAAGGUGGUGGGGAAGGGGCUGCUUGGAGCCCUGAGUGCUUCCAGGUGGGACACGGGAGCCCAGCUGGGGCUUGCAGAGGGAGGUGAAGGUGAGCAGCAGAACCUGUGUGGCUCUGCAGUUUUCCAGCUCAAGCACUGGCCCCAGGGGCUGCUGCAGAAGGGAAGAAAGAACUUUCCAUUCCAGUUUCCAGCUGGAAGGGCCAGGGAGAGAAAUGCUGCCAUGCCUCAGGUGCAGAGCAGGGCUGGUUCCAGCUCAGUGGUGCUGUGCUGCUCCUUCCCAUGGAGCCUGGGGGGCUCCUCCAUCCCAGGACUGCAGUGCCUUCCCUUCCCUCACCCCACAGACACCUCCGGAGCUCCAGAGCCCCCAGCCUCGGGUCCCACCCACCCCAUACACACACCUGAGGCCUCUCCAGGGUGUACCUGGGGGACAGUGCCCCCUGCACAGGGACACACAGCACACUGCAGCAGCAGGACUGGACAGCUCUGUGUGGGCCAUAAAUCUGUGUGGCCAGAGCUGCUCCUGCUCCAGGGCCCCAAGGCCACCCCAAGGUCUUUCCAAGGCGGGAUCUGCCCCUCCCCUGCACUGCGGCAGCUCCUCAGUGGAGCGUGGCACUGCCAGCCCUGCCCUGGCCAGCCCCACUGGGAAGCAGAGCCCUGGGUGCCUGGGGAGCAGCAGGGCAGCCACGGGCAGCCCCUGCCCUCUGGGAGCAGCUGCAGCUCUCCAGCUCCCUCCCUGCUCUCCUUUCCAGGAGCUUUCCCCCAUUUCUCAGUGCCCAGGGGAUGCUGCUCCCAGGGUCAGCACUGGGGCUGUUCCCAAACCUCAUCCCAGGGCUGGAUGAGGAGGGAAUUGCAGCCUGGCCUUGCAGGUGAGGCUGAUCCAGGGGCAAGGGGUGUGAGAGUGGCACAGCCUCAUUCCAGGUGGACUUCAUUUAUCCUGAAAUUCCAGUCAAGAGAAACCUUGUGGGCAUCAACAGGAUGGGCAAGAUAACCCCAGGUGUCAGGCAGGCUGGGGACCAGGGCUGAGCAGGAUCCCAGUGAAAGGUCCUGGAUAAGGUUCUGGACAGGAGGAUGGACAAAUGGACAGCAUGAGGAGGAUGUGGCCCCCAGCCUGGGUCCUCUGUGCAGCACCAGGGAACCCCAAGCUCUGUGCUCAGAGUGGUUCCCAGUCCAGGGAGUGAUGCAGGGGCUGGAAAAGGACCAGCAGGCAGGGCUGGAGCUGGGAGAGAGCUGGGUUGGGAUCCACCAGCAUCCUGCAGGUGCCCUGGGGACAGAGGCAGUCCCUCUCAGUAGGACAUGGCUGGUACCCAGGGACAAGGGACAUUCAUUGCAGCUCCAGGCUGGGCAGUAGAAUUGUUUUUGGGUUUUUUGGGUUUUUUUCCUGGGGAGGUGGCACAGCUGUGGGACUGAGGUGGGCAGGUCCAUCCUUGCAGGCUGGGCUGAGCCCUGGGUGACCUUUCCUGUGCUGGUGGUGUCCUGCUCACGGUGGGAGGGGGGGCUGGGCACCCCCGGGGGUGCAGCAUGCUGUGAGCCCAGCAAGGGCCACCUCCCCCUCACAAAUUCCCUCCCUCCAAGCCCCAGGGCACGCCGAGGGCCGAGGUGCUGUGUCCCCUCCCCGGCCCGCCCUGGCCCGCAUCCCGCUGCUGCUGCAGCCGCGGGGCCGAGGCCUCGGCUGCUCCCGGCAUCAGCUGAUCCCUCCCGGCAGCCGGAGCUGCAAAGUCAGGCACAGAGAUUGCCAGGGCGCCGGCGAGGGGACGGCCGGGGUGGCAGCACGGGGGGCUCGGGGGCCGGGGGCAGCUGUGCCCUGAAAGCCGAGCCACCUGUGCGCUGCUACCUGCUGAAUAAUAGAGGAGCCGCCAGCCAGCCGAGAGAAAUGUGAUGCUGGUGAGGCAGCCCGGGAAGACAUCCGAGCUGCCGGCAGCUGCGAUAGCAGCCGCAGCCCAGGAGCCUUCCAGCCCCGCGCGGGCUGCCGGCAGCGCUCUGCCCGUCCCGGCUGCCCGCGGCCGGGGCCCGCUGCAGGGACGCGGGCUCGGGGCCGGCAGGAGGAUGUGAGCUGCGGCGGGCACCCAGCGAGGCAGAGCUCAAGGGCAGGGCUGGGUUUCCCGGGAGGGAGGCAGAGGCUGCCCGCAGGCGGUGCCCGCGCCCGCCCGGGGGGCAGCAGCUCAGCCCCAUGUCCAGGGGAGGGGAGAUGGUUUACAUCCCGGACGACUCCGACUUCAGCUCCUUCAGGGAUCAGUGCGAGAGCCUGGAGGGCUGGCACUGCCGCUACAACAAGGCUGGCGUGACCGUGUGGAGCCAGGGCCAGGAGGAGAGCUGCACCGUGCAGAAAAUCAAGACCCGCAUCUCCUGCAAGGAUGUCCCCGCCGAGACGCUCUAUGACGUGCUGCACGACACCCGCUACCGCAGCAAAUGGGACUCCAACAUGAUCGAGACCUACGACAUCGGGCGCCUCACCGUCAACGCUGAUGUGGGAUACUACUCCUGGAAGUGCCCGAGCCCCCUGAAGAACCGGGAUUUCGUCACGCUGCGCUCCUGGCUGCCCCUGGGCAAUGACUACAUGAUCAUCAACUACAGCGUCAAGCACCCGAAAUACCCGCCCCGGAAGGAUUUCGUGAGGGCCGUGUCCCUGCAGACCGGGUACCUGAUCAAGGCGAACGGGGACGGUGCCUGCAUCCUCUAUUACCUCACCCAGGUGGACCCUCGCGGGUCGCUGCCGAAGUGGGUGGUGAACCGUGUGUCCCAGUUUGUGGCCCCGAAGGCCAUGAAGAAGAUCUACAAGGCCGGGCUGAAGUACCCGGAGUGGAAGCGCCGGCACGACCCCGGGUACAAGCCCUGGGUGUACCCCGAGCAGAACACGCUGCCCAGCGUGAGCCUGGCCGAGCUGUCCGUGCAGCACGCCGAUUCCCUGGAGAACAUCGACGAGACCGGCCUGCCCGAGGAGCACCUGAGCACCAGUGACCACGAGGCCUGAGCCCUCGGCCAGGGAAUGCCCUCAGCACCGAGGCUUGGCACCCGGGGGGCACAGCUGGGAAUUUGGCUCCCUGCUUCCCAAUAGUCACAUCUGCUCUCCCAAGUCCUUCAUCGUUGACCCCCCUCCCUGCCCAGGCAGCGGGGAACUAUCCCGUGGGAUCUGUGCAACUGGCACUGGGAAGAGGCAGGGUGGGCACCCUGGUGGCCCCUGUGCCCAUGGAGGUGUCCCUGUAGGAGACAGAGCUGGCAGUGGGUGUCCAAGAGAGACUGGGCAGGCUGAGGGGGGCAGGAGCUUUCCAGGACCAGGAUAUGGCUCUGCCACUGUAAGACCCUAAAAGGCCAGGAGUGGGGGGUCUGUGAGGGUCCUGCCCAGGCUUUGCAGCAGCACAAGGUUUGGAUUGCCCCCGCCUGGCCUGAGGUCCAGCUCUGCCAAGCCCGAGUCAGGCUGUGCCCGCUCCAGCCCUCCAUGCCCCUCCAGGCUUAGUGUGACCCCCCCAUUCCAGGGAGCCCUCCCAGGCCCCCCUGAGCUCCAGGCUCGCCUCUGCAGGCUGGCUCUGGCCCAGCAGGCUCUGGGGACCCCUUCCCCUCGUGGUUUGUCCUGGCAGGGGGGUCCUGGGCCACCUGUGUCCCCACUCUCCCCGUGUUUGCUGCUGCUGUGGUUCCUGGCACAAUAAAGGGGUUGGUGUGUGUGAGA